UGACAAAUCAAUUAAUUUAUUUUUUGAUUUCCAAAUUAUUGUCUACAACAACAUCAGUAUUCUUGACUACUUUGGUAGAUAUUUAUUUUUUUUACCAGAAUGUCAUUUAAUUUAAAAUCAACAUCAUUCACCUGGAAUGCAAUCCAUCAGCAUCACACUACGAUGAUCAAAAUCAACCUAAUUUUAAUUUUGGGAUUUUUUAUAAUCCCUUUUACUUUUGGCGAAUCAUUAUCAACAAAUCAUCAAAAAUAUCAACCAAUUAUAUUGAUAGAAAGAAAUAAUUCGAAUCGAUUGUCAACGAGAAAUAGUUUCAUUAUAGAUAAUCAAAAUAGUCGAAAUCAGCAGCUAAAAUCAGCAUCAAUAAUUCCAAAACAUUUACAAUUACGUCGACAGCCGUCUGCCAUCGACAACGACAAUGAAAAUUUAGUGGUAUUGACAACGCCUACGUAUAGGAAAUUAAAAUUCAAACGACCACAACAUUAUCAUCGCCAACAUUUUAGCCAAAUAAUUAAUUCAAAUAUAACAUCAUCAUCAUCAUCAUCACAACGACCAUCGUUUCAAGAAAUAAUUUCACCACAAAAUCAUCGAAUGACAAGUAAUUCAAUUAUCAUUUCGAAUGACAAUGCCAAUGAAAGUGUUGAUGAAAGAAAAGAAAAAAACAAAAAAUCUACCACUAUGGUUAAAGCCAAAUAUGUGAUGCCAUCACCGGAAAUGUCAACACCAUCUUUUUUGCAUUUUUACGGUCCUUCAAUGUUACAGAUUAGUCGUAUGAAAAUUUCUCAUCCAUCAAACGCCCACCAACAUCGUCAAGAUCUUAAUCAACGAACUAUAGCCAAACGUAAACGAAUCGUAUUGAAAUAUAUGAAAUUAAAGCCAAAUCUUACUUAUUCAACUGCACAACGAACAAAUAAUCAUAAUAAGAUUGUCGAAUCAAAUCCCAAUUUUAAUAAUAACAAUAUAGUAAAUAGAGUUAUUGUUAUACCAAAUGAAAAUAAUGAAAUUCGAGAUCCACGUCCGAAAUCUGUAAAUAUGACGCCAUCAAUUGCAAUGGAUCAUAGUCAAUUAACCGUUGCAGUUCGACCAUUAUUUGCUGAAAAUGAAGAUUUUGACAUUCUUCGUAAUGAUAUACCUAAAUCAGACACAGCUGCCAAACAUCUUCGACGAUCAUUACCGAAUUUUCUUCCAUCGAAUAUUUCGUCAACGUUUCAAAGUCCACCGAAUUUCCGUGUUCACUCGGCUAGUUUUGGGCGGCCAGCACCUAAACCAUCAUCUUAUCAUUGGUCAUAUAGUGCUCCAAUCAAUCUAACAAGUCGAUAUAAGAUUAAAUCAUUUGGACCUUCGGAACCAGAACAACUACAUUCAUUUACAUUGAACGAAAAUCAACCAAUUUUUAAAUCUUUUUCAACAAAUUCACCGAAAAAUUUUUCAACAUUCAUCAUUCCAAGGACAAAUACACCUGUUGAUUUAAUGACAUUUCAUAAUCAUCAACAUAAUCAAAAUCCACAAAAUAAACCAUCCGAUUUAUUUAAUGGUGCAAGGCCGGUGAUGUCGGCACCAAAAAGGUCAAAUACAAACAGUGCUAUUGUUUUGCAACGACAAUUUAUUUCCACUCCAUUGUUGACAAAUCCAACUUCCACAUUAACAACAACGACGAAAAUGGCGACAACAAAAUCAACAACACCAGCACCGAUUUCAAUAACUUCAUUUUCCAGAACUGCAAUUAACAAUAACAACGAUCAUCGACAUCCUUUGCCAAAUUAUGAUUACGAUUUAUACGAUGAUCAUUUUUAUAACAACUAUGGCGUUACUUCUUCUCACACUUUUGUUUCAACAACAACAACACGGGCACCAUCUCGACGUCAAAUGACAAAUAAAUUACGUACGCCAUCAUCGAGUAAUUUAAAAAACUCACAAACUAAAAUGGUUAUGACGAAAGAAAGAUCAGGAAAAACUAAUGCAGAACGUUGUACGGAACAACAAUGUCAUUUACCUUAUUGUCGUUGUGGUUCAUCAACAAUACCAGACGGUUUGAAAUCAAAAGAUAUUGCACAAUUAGUUAUGAUUACAUUUGAUGAUUCUAUCAAUGAACUUAAUUGGGAAUUAUAUCAGGAAAUUUUUUCCAAUCGAUUCAAUCCUAACGGAUGUCCAAUACUUGGUACAUUUUAUGUUUCACAUGAAUGGACUGAUUAUAGUCAGGUUCAAAAUCUUUAUUCGAUUGGACAUGAAAUGGCUUCGCAUACAAUUACUCAUAGCUUUGGUGAUAAGUUUUCUAAAGAAAAAUGGCUCAAUGAAGUAAAUGGUCAACGUGAAAUAUUAUCUCUAUAUGGUGGUGUUAAAUAUGAAGAUGUGAGAGGAAUGAGAGCACCAUUUUUACAACCCGGUGGUAAUCGACAAUACGAAAUGCUUUAUGAUGCAAAUUUUACUUAUGAUUCUUCGCUACCGGUUUUCGAAAAUAAUCCUCCAUAUUGGCCAUACACAUUUGAUUAUGCAAUGAGUCAUGAUUGUAUGAUUACGCCUUGCCCUAGUAAAUCAUUUCCUGGACUUUGGGAAGUCGGUAUGGUCAUGUUGAUUGAUCAUCGUGGUGGCCGUUGUUCAAUGGUCGAUGCAUGUUCACAUCCAUCCACCGAAGAUGGUGUAUUUGAAAAUUUAUUAAAAAAUUUCAAUCGUCAUUAUCAUUCGAACAAAGCACCAUUUGGAUUAUAUUUUCAUUCGGCAUGGUUUAAUACGGCACAUCAUAAAAAUGGAUUCCUACGAUUCAUUGAUCAUAUUUUAAAAAAUAAAGAUGUAUAUUUCGUCACAAAAUGGCAACUAUUACAAUGGAUGAUGCAGCCAACACCAUUAUCAAGGCUUAAAUCAUUUCAACCAUUCCAAUGUGAUUAUAGUGAUCGUCCAGCUUGUAAUCGGCCAAAGAUUUGUUCUACUUCACAUCGUGAUGGACCACGAUAUUUAAAAACUUGUCAAAAAUGUCCAAAACAAUAUCCGUGGGUGGGUAAAACUGGAUUCAAAAAAUAAUAACUAUCAAUUCAAUUUGUAAAGAAAAUUUUUUUCGAAAUUUUUGAAUCUUAUUAAUUACGAGUCAUUUGAGCCUGUUCUUUUUCUUGUGUGUAUAAAAUGUAGCUGAUUUUUCUUAUUGUUAAUUUUUAAUGUUAAAUUCAAUUUAUUUUCUUCGGUUUUCUUGUGGGGGUAUUUUAAUUGUUGUCACUUUUUGUUAUUGU